GUCACAGAGCGUGUGGGUGUGGGAGGCGCCACGAGUGCACCAGAGGAGUCCACGUUUGUACACAUGUCAGUCCAUGGGCGGAUUACUGAGAUCGCGCGCGACGCCGGCCUCUUAUCAACAAUUCUCCCAAAUAAAAUUCCCCCACUUUCUCUCUCCUCUUUCUCUGCUGCUGGUGCUGCGAGUAAGCUUCAACGCCAUGUCCACUGUCGCCACAGCUGCUGCUCUCUCUCUUCCCAUCUCUCUGUGCCGGCCCUCCAAGAUCAACACCAAGAAGAUGGAUUGCUGUCGGGAUUUGCAGGGUGGUAGGGGGGGAUUGCGGGUGGUUGCUAUAUUUGAAGGGGAGGAAGGGUUGGUGGAGAAGAAAAAUGCUUGGAGUACACUCUUUGAAGUCGAGCAUCCGAGGCCUAGAGUUCCUCAGUGUAAAGGGAGAUUCUUGGAUGCUAAUCAGGCUCUAGAGGUGGCUAGGUUUGACAUUCAGUACUGUGACUGGAGGGCUCGGCAAGAUGUUCUUACCAUCAUGCACCUUCAUGACAAGGUGGUGGAAGUUCUCAAUCCUUUGGCUCGGGAUUAUAAGUCCAUUGGUACCAUGAAGAAAGAGCUUGCCGAGUUGCAGGAACAAUUAGCACAAGCUCACAAACAGGUUCACAUAUCUGAAGCAAGGGUUUCCACUGCGCUGGAUAAAUUAGCUUAUAUGGAAGCAUUGGUAAAUGAUAGAAUAAUACAAGAAAGGAACACAACAGAAUCUGAAAGAAGCUCCUCUUCUCCUAGCACUUCUUCUUCAGCAUCUCCUGAUAGAGUAAAAAACAGGAUGCCGCCCAAAAGCCUUAAUGUGUCAGGCCCUGUCCAGCCUUACCAUCCCUUUUUAAAGAAUUUCUGGUAUCCAGUGGCUUUCUCCAAUGAUCUGAAGGAUGAUACCAUGGUUCCUAUAGAUUGCUUUGAGGAGCCAUGGGUUAUGUUUCGUGGCAAAGAUGGAAAGCCUGGUUGUGUUCAGAAUACAUGUGCUCAUAGAGCAUGCCCACUUCAUCUUGGUUCAGUUAAUGAGGGUCGAAUCCAAUGCCCUUACCAUGGUUGGGAAUACACGACUGAUGGAAAAUGUGUAAAAAUGCCAUCAACCCGACUACUAAAUGUGAAGCUGAGAUCAUUACCAUGCCUUGAGCAUGAGGGGUUUAUCUGGAUUUGGCCUGGCAAUGAUCCUCCGGCAGAAACGCUUCCUUCUCUCACACCUCCUCCAGGAUUUGUUAUCCAUGCAGAGAUUGUCAUGGAGUUGCCAGUGGAACACGGGCUACUUCUGGAUAACCUUCUGGAUCUUGCUCAUGCUCCUUUCACACACACAUCCACGUUUGCCAAGGGGUGGAGUGUACCCAGCUUGGUUAAAUUCUUGACACCUGCAUCUGGCCUUCAAGGAUAUUGGGAUCCUUAUCCAAUAGACAUGGAAUUCCGGCCACCUUGCAUGGUUCUCUCCACAAUUGGGAUUUCAAAGCCUGGACAACUGGAGGGGCAGAAUACCCAGCAGUGUGCCACUCACCUUCACCAGCUUCAUGUUUGCUUGCCUUCAUCUAGACAGAAGACGAGAUUAUUAUACAGAAUGUCACUUGACUUUGCUCCUCUGCUAAAGCAUAUACCCUUCAUGAACCUUCUGUGGAGAUACUUUGCAGAGAAGGUUUUGAAUGAGGACCUACGGCUGGUAAUUGGUCAACAAGACCGUAUGAUCAAUGGAGCAAAUGUCUGGAACUGGCCCGUUGCAUAUGAUAAGUUAGGAGUAAGAUACAGGUUAUGGAGAAAUGCAGUGGAAAGCGGAAGUAAGAAGCUGCCCUUCAGCCAUUCCAAGUAGAAUUGAUUGACAAACAGGUUUAAUUUUAUAUGAUCCCACAGAAGAAAACCAUCAGAACCAACUAGAUGUUGCAAAAGCAGAGUAUUCAUUCCUCCCUCUUUGUUUUAUCAAGUUUCGUCAUCCUCUCUAAUUUUCCCAGAAGAAUCCCAGUGACCGACCGGAAACUGUUGAUGAAUCAGAGGCAUGGAAGAGAUGAUUUCUUCACCAGUCCAAUGUAAAAUAGUGAAACUGUACUCUUAUCUGUAUUGUUUUUGUGUACAGUUGAUACCCAUUUUUCCCUUUCAUUUACCCUUUGCCCAACUCAAUAAACUAAAGAAUUCAUUGUAUGAUUACUGCAGAAAUUAUUUCCACCAAUUGAAAUUAGUUUCGAUCUCUCA